AUGAGGAUGAUGAUCAGGUUGAGUAUUGAUAUGCAGGUGGUGACCCUAGGAGAAAAUAACGAAAGGCUCUCAGAGACGCUGAUGGGCUUCAGAAUCUUAUACACCACCGGUCUCGAACUACACUCACUGUCAGAUGAUCAUGAUCGUCAUGACUGGUUUGGCAUUGUAAGCGCUGCCACGAUCCUCACGGCUGAGCAUGGUAUUCCUGGAGGGCAAGGCAGGCUAAGGCAAGUUGAUGGAAAGAAGGUAAGAUCGGCUAAGCCGCCGAGUGAGAUCUUGACUGACAAGCGAGCUUACAGAUCAACGCCAAGCUUGACUCAGCCUUCACAUGAGGAUGCGCUAGUACUGUUUUGGAAUUACCAUCAACCACUUGCGGCGAUUAUAACAGUGGAGAGCCAUGCUUUGACAGCGAAGAAAGCGGCUUGCCAUGUGCAGUACACGAGGUUGCAGAAAGGCCACGAGCAGAGCGUUAUCUACCUCCACUUAGUCGCUCCGUAG